AACACCGCAGUCUAGCAAGCACACCCACCGCAUAACGCCCUGCUGUGUUAGCUACGUUUCACCAGACCUGACAUUGAAGCGAAGGCUCGCUCGGCGCCAGUGGACGAGCACGCGAUGGCCGUGGCGGUGCCUCUGGACCCGGACCUGCUGCGGGAGGUUCUGGAGUGCCCCAUCUGCCUGGAGACGUACAGCCAGGAGCAGCUGAGGCCCAAGCUGCUGCAGUGCGGCCACACGGUGUGCAGGCAGUGCCUGGAGAAGCUGCUCGCCUCCACCAUCAACGGCGUGCGCUGCCCCUUCUGCAGCAAGGUGUCGCGCAUGAGCAGCAUCUCGCAGCUGGCCGACAACCUGACCGUGCUGAAGAUCAUCGACUGCGCGGCGUCCUGCCCGGGCCCCAGCGUGGUGGCGCUCAUGUGCAAGGCCUGCCGCAACCGGUUACCGCGGCAAUACUGCCGAGACUGCGGCCUGGUGCUGUGCGACGCGUGCACGGCCGAGGGCCACCUGCAGCAGGGACACGCCGUCCAGAGCAUCCGCGCGGCGGCCGAGCAGCACCGGAGGGAGCUCGGCGGGCGUCUGGCCGGCCUGCGCGAGACCAUGGCGGGCGUCCAGAAGAAGAAGGCGGCCAUCGACGGCGUGGCGAAGUCGCUGCGGCUCAAGUACAGGGCGGUCCAGCAGGAGUACGCACGGGCCGAGCUGCGGCUGCAAGAGGAGCUGGGACGGUCCAGGAGGGCGUUCGCCGCGUCGCUGGCCGAGGUGGAGAAGCUCAACGCGCAGAUCCUGGAGGAGCAGACCUACCUGCUGAACAUCGCCGAGGUGCAGGUGCUGUCGCGCUGCGACUACCUGACCACGCGCAUCAAGCAGUCGGACAUCGCGCUGCUGGAGGACGGAGGAGGAGGAGGCUGCUCGGGCGCGAGCGCCAUGGCGUCCGGAGGAGGAGGAGGAGGAGGAGGAGGAGGAGGAGGAGGGGACGACGAGGAUGACGAGCCCGACCUCAAAGCCAGCCUCCCGCUGCUGCUCAAGCUGCAGGACCCCGAGCUGGUCAAGAUGGAACACUCCAAGCCGCUGGACGUGGGUCAGCUGACCACCAAGCCGUGCACCGUCAACAUGGACGAGGCGGACGGCCAGGAGCUGGUCGCUUCGGUCGCUUCGGCCGCCUCUGGCCCGCUUGACCUGUACCGGGACAUCGACAUGAUCGCCGCCGUGGAGGAGGCCGUGUGCGCGUCGCCCGGCAGCUUCAAGUCCAAGUCGGUGGACGGCGGCGGCGGUCCGUCAGGCGGUGCGACCGGCUCCUCGUCAUCCUCGUCCUCCUCCGGCAUCCAGCUGUGCCAGUUCGUGAAGAAGAUGGGCUGCAAGGGCAACCUGCCGGGCAUGUUCAACCUGCCGGUCAGCAUCUGCGUCACGCCGCAGGGCGAGGUCCUGGUGGCCGACCGCGGCAACUACCGCAUCCAGAUCUUCAACCGUAAAGGCUUCCAGCGCGAGAUCCGCCGCAACCCCAGCAGCAUCGACAACUUCGUGCUGAGCUUCCUGGGCGCCGACCUGCCCAACCUCAUCCCGCUGUCCAUCGCCAUCACCCCGCAGGGCCUCAUCGGCGUCACCGACAACUACGACAACUCCGUCAAGGUGUACACCACGGACGGGCACUGCGUGGCGUGCCACAAGAACCAGCUGAUCAAGCCGUGGGGCAUCGCCGCCAUGCCCUCGGGCCAGUUCGUGGUGUCGGACGUGGAGGGCGGCAAGCUGUGGUGCCUGGCGGUGGACCGCAACGUGGGAGUGGUCAACUACAACCGGCUGUGCUCGGCCGUGCGGCCCAAGUUCGUGACGUGCGACCCGGCGGGCACGGUCUACUUCACGCAGGGCCUCGGCCUCAACAUCGAGAACCGCCACAACGAGCACCACCUGGAGGGCGGCUUCUCCAUCGGCUCGGUGGGCACGGACGGGCAGCUGGGCAAGCAGCUCAGCCACUUCUUCUCCGAGACGGAGGACUUCCGCUGCAUCACGGGCAUGUGCGUGGACGCCAACGGCGACCUGAUCGUGACGGACAGCGGCCGGCGGGAGAUCCUGCAGUUCCCCAAGGAGGGCGGCUACAACGUGCUCAUCCGGGAGGGCCUCACCUGCCCGGUGGGAGUGGCCGUCACGCAGAAGGGGCAGCUGCUCGUGCUGGACUGCUGGGACCACUGCGUCAAGGUGUACACCUACCUGCAGAGGCGCCGCUCCUCCACCUGCUAAAGGUGGAUGCAGACACCACCCCUACACCUGCGACAGGUGGACUCAUGUACUUAACCCCUGACCCCACCCCUACACCUGCGACAGGUGGACUCAUGUACUUAACCCCUGACCCCACCCCUACACCUGCGACAGGUGGACUCAGACCCCUCCCCUACACCUGCGACAGGUGGACUCAGACCCCACCCCUACACCUGCGACAGGUGGACUCAGACCCCUCCCCUACACCUGUGACAGGUGGACUCAUGUACUUAACCCCUGACCCCACCCCUACACCUGCGACAGGUGGACUCAGACCCCACCCCUACACCUGACACCACUGGUACACCUGCUACAGGUGGACACAUUCUUAUAAAGAAAAACAAAACUGCUAAAGCUCAGCCUGGGGGGGGUCCUGCAUUGUGUGUGUGUGUGUGUGUGUGUGUGUGGGGAGGGAAGAGGGGGGGCACCAGGUUUGAGAUGUUGGUGGGGUGGGGGUGUGUGUCUGUGGCUGGGUGGGAGUGUGUGUGUGUGUGUGUGUGUGUGUGUGGGGUGGAUAAAGACUCUGUUGUUAUUACUCGCCACUUUAAUCUUUCCUCUCUUGCGCUCUAAACUGCGACGCCUGACUGACCGCUCCUCUGGUCAGGGCAGCGCACAAGACAUGCGACACGAGACCGGGCGACAGACAGACAGCCUUCGCUACAAUCACACUGGGCCCCCGGCCCGGUCAGAUCUCUUCGGCCCGGCUCGGAUCACGCGCUCUCGUCAGGGAACGGAACUCUCUCAGACCCCCGGUCUGUCUGCCGGCCCACGCCGCCUCCCUUAACGGCCUCCCAGCAGGCCACAGCACAAUGGAAGGCAAUAAUUGGACUGUGUGUGUUAUAUGUGUGUGUGUGUGUGUGUGUGUUUGUGUGAGAGAGAGAGAUAGGGAUACAGAGAGCUUGUCAAUCAAUGUGAAAUUCUGAGAAUGCUGCUUUAGUGUCUCAGUGACGUGACUUUCUCACAGAGAGACCAGUGGAGUCCGAUACAUUUACAAAAGAACUGUGUGUGUGUGUGUGUGUGCGUGUGUGUGUCUGUUAAUGUGUCAGGUUGGUCAGUACCUGCAUACCUUAAGGACUGACCUUGUCAUCUGAAUCGUGUGUGUUCUCCAGUACAACACAGUACAGUACAGUACACUACACUACACUAUGUCCCCAGUUUACUUUCCCAGCGAUGUGCAACGUCCGUGGUAUUCUGUGUCCCCUAGUCGGUCAUACUGCUUCUACUUGAAUGGCUUGCUUGCUUGAUUGGAAGAGAAACGUGUCAUUUUGCUCCCUUAAGAAGUCGGCCCUUGCCUGGUGUAAUCGAAAUGGCAGGACAGCCACGGAGAUGAAUCAUUAGUUUAUAUGUUCACACCAUGUAGCAUUGAUGAUCUAUGCUUGGGGGACCACAAACAAUAAAAUGCUUUGUGGAACACUACAA